AUGUCGAUGGCCGGCCUUAAAACCAUCAUCGCCCUCUCCUUCGUCCUCGCCGUCGGCUUCCUCCUCGUCAUCCUCUCGUGCGCGCUCUUCCAGGACUACCACCCUCUGCUGGUUGUAGCAACAUACAUUAUUGCCCCCAUACCCAACUGGAUCUGCAGCCGAUGUGCCAACCCAGACGACUUUGUGGAGAGCUCCGGCGCUGCGGUACUUGAUCUCGGCCGCUUCUUUACAGGCUUCUUUGUCCUCAUGGGCAUGGCCCUCCCUGUUGUUCUCGCUCACUCCGAAAUCAUCCGCGUCGAAGCCAUGAUCAUGUCCAUCGUCGGCGGCCUUCUUAUCUACGGAACCAUCAUCAGCUUCGGCAUGUUCUUCCAGGAGGAGCAAGAGUUUUGA